UGUUUUGCAAUAAAUUAGUAUAAAUAUAUUUGUAAUAUUCUCAAACUAUAAACCUAAUAGUUAUAAUUAAUAAAAAGAAUUAACCUAAUCCUGGGUUUUUUCUUCGAUUUAUAUGCGUUUCUAUAAUGAAGAGCCAUGCGCCAAUACUUUUCUUCCUAACUGUAUAUACGUUUUUAUAACAUUGUAAAUAUUCAAGUGUAUUUAAAUAAUCUUGCAGACGAUCGACGCACUCGCGAUGCAAUUCCGCGGAUAUUUUUGAAUUUGUUAUUUACAAAUUUAUCUCGCAACUUCGUUUUCGAUCGAGGAAACAGGAGUGCUGCGAGCGAUCGCCAACGUCGACGAUAAUUCGUUAACACUGUAAUCCAACAGAGAUUCGUUCAAUCUGUUGGAGGUUUUGUUUCAUUGUAAAUAAAGUGAAUAAACCUAUGGAUCUUUCGUUAUACUCGACUUCAAACAAAUGUGACUUUGUUAAUUACUCGUGCAAGUUGAAAUUUUUACCAUUCUCGGUAGUAAUAUUUAACAUCGACUUUACGUUGAUUUGUAACUAGUUCGUUUUAGUGCGAAACAGUAGUAAUAUAGUAAAACAAAUGUGACUCGUUAAUUAUUCGUGCAAGUUGAAAUUUUUACCAUUCUCGGUAGUAAUAUCUGAAAUCGACCGUACAUUGAUCAGUAAUCUGGUUUGUUUUAGUGUUGUCUCAAGUUUUUAUAGAAUUAAUACGUUAAAUGAUAUGACCGAGUUCAAAAUAGUUUAUCUAGAGAAUAUUCAUUAGCGUCCGAUUUUUUUUUGUGAUAGAUGAUUUUGUCAAUGACUAAUCGAGAAGCCGAGAAAUAAAGAAAUAAGAAACGAGAUGUUUCAAGGACAAAUUAAUCACAUAACAUGCACGUGAAUGAUUUGCUGCGUAAUCGUAUGUAAAUAAAAAAUCGGUGACGAAUCAUUGGGACAUAUUUGCAACACAUGUGUGAUUAGGUAGUGCUACUUUGAUUUUUGCCGAGAACGUGACAUGUUACGGCCGAUUUCGUUGUGAAUGUAUAUAAUCUAAAAUUCAUCGUCGUUUAAGUACAAUAUAUUUCCAAUCGCGUACAUAUAUUUCAAGUGCAAACUAUACGAGCCAAAGUUACCUGAGAAGAGUCAAGAAUCCCGACUCAUUGGUCGGUAACCAAUAGGGAGACAACACAGAUUGGCGCAAAGUAAACGAAAAAGGUGAGGACGAGUCGCUGGAGACACGCUCGAGGUAGGGGGAACUGAUGAUGAGACAUCCUCGGAAGGAGUAGCGGAGAAAGAGAGGAAACAACUACGUCGGCGAGCAAGAAACAACGAGAAAAGGAGGGAUGGAGAGAGCGCGGGAAAGAGAAAGAGAGACAGAGAACGAGAGGAGAGGGGAGCAAAAAGACAGUGCAACAGAGAAUGGGAUUGGGAAUGGAUGCGAUGGCGGCCGGGUAUGGGCAGGGGUAGGUCUUACUAGGCGGGCAACCCGCUGGCGGCAUUGGCAGGUAUGGCGAUGAACACACGGGAAGUCCGUUGGUCGCGUCGCAAUGAAUAAGUGAAUCUACCGCUCUCGAGGUAGCCCGUGGCCGUCACGAAAUCGAUCAGUAAAUGGUAAAAGGGUCCCGGGGGGGCCGCGAGUAGAGAAAGAGAGAGUGGUUUUGAAACGCGCGACCCAAUGCGCGGAACGUGUGCGGUAGGAACGCGAAAGGUGCCGAUUCGAUGACAUGCAUUGUCUCGCGAGCGUGGUGCUUGUGAUCGCGAUCAGUUCACUCGGCAUAAAUGAUCCGCGGAUGACAGCGGUCGCCUCCGCCGACGUUAAGACAAGCUUGAUCAGCAUCGCGAAGUGUUGCGAGCCUGAGGAGGUGCUCGUAGACGACACGUGCACGCCAUUGACGGAGACGAACGAGACGCGAUGGCAGCCGGAAUUCGUCGAGGAGAAGGUGAACGGUAUCUCGAGGAGCAGACAGGUCGAGCCUAACUAUGAAUUGAAAAUCGGCCGGCCAAAGUGUCAGUCGAACGAGCAUCAAUGGGUCGUGUACGACUCGCGCGAGGAUCGAUUGGCGAUAUUGACCACCGGCGUGCUGCGUCAUUAUACCACUGAUUUGAGUAAACGGUCUAAUGAAAAUGGAGGUGUUUACGGCUACGGACCGGUUAGCCUGGCCGACGAGGAUGACUUCAAUACAGUGUCGAUUCAUUAUGAUUACUCGUUCGGACACUACUGCGCUGAUAAGGUGGUUUUGAGCAGGGACCGAUUGGUGGUCACGUACGCUAUGAUAUGCGUACCCGAUGUAGUCAUUGGAUGGACCGACACGAAUUAUUUGAUGAAACAUGCCAUUGAUCCUGCUUUCCACGCGAUAUCGAUAGCCAGCUACCUGGUCGUCGCAGUGGUCUAUUUUGUUCUGCCGCAGUUGCGUGAUCUCGUGGGGAACAUGAUAACCAGCAUGACUCUGUGCCUCAUUGCCGGUCAGUGCGCUUCCGCGGUACGAAUAUUCACCGAAUUCGGCAAUCACAUUAGUUUCAUGGUCGCCGAUACUGUAAUGUAUGUCUCACUACUAGCUGCAUUUUUCUGGCUCAAUGCGUUGGGUUAUUACGUAUGGAGUACCUUCCGCUCACGGAAUGUGUUCUUAAGAGUCACUGAUGGCAGGAAAUAUUGUUACUAUUCGUCGUACGUUUGGGGAUCAACGGUUUGUAUAGCGGGUACUGCGAUCUUCGCACACUUCGCUUUAGAGACCAGCAGACCCACGAUUGGCGGGAGUGUUUAUCCACCUCAAGAAACAAUCGGUUGGCUCGGUGUCUCUGUCUUAUUUACAUCAAUCGCCCUUACGAUAUUGGUCGACCUAAGUUUUGCAUUGACCACGGCAAACAGGAUCAAACGAAUGAGCACGUACGGUCGAAUUCACCACAAAAUGAAGUACAGUUUCAGAAUGUUCGUUUUUCUAUUCGCUUUGAUGAGCGUCGGUUGGCUGUCAUUGUUAUUUUCACGACUCAAUUACGACGCGCUCGUAUAUUGUCAUAUCGUCAUUAAUUUGCUACAGGCAAUAUCAAUACUAUACGUUUGCGUUUUCGGGCAGAAACGAGUUACAUUUUUGCUAAGUAAAACAUGUAACUGUUGCAACUCGGUGGAAAAUAUCGACGGUCUUGACUGGGGGGAAGAAAUGACUGCCAUUAACGCGGGAUAUUGAGACCCGUUUAAUUUCGUUUCUCAUGUUCGGCGGUUAAAACGAGGAAAAAGUUUAGUUAAAACUAAACGUGUCUCUUGAAGUAUACAAAAUAUAUUACAAAAAACAGAACACUCGACUCUCGUUUAAUAAUAAUUAUUAAAUGAAAUUAAUUUAAAUAUGAAUUUUGCUUAACGGUUUCUUUAUGUUUCCAAAUCGAUAAAAAAUAUCAGUUGUUCUGCUUUUUGUAAGUCACUGUACGUGAUUCUAAAAUCAUUCACAUCUCGCGUCAUACGAGUAUAAAACAAAACAUAUCAUAGGUCAUGUAAACAGUAUUAAGUAUACAAUGAUCUAAAUGACCAAGUGAUCUAUCAAAAUAGACAAUGUUGUUCUAAUGUAAAUGACAACAGAGUAGAUUAUGAUGUUGUAUAUAAUAUUUAUCUGUAGAGUUAAAGAAAUUGACGAAAUAGAAUCAUUUAAACAAAAUAUGAUAUAAUGAACUUUUCAGUUACUUUAAAACUUUACUGUUUAUGGUGGUAUGUGCCUUAAAAGAAAAAUGUCUUUGCCUUAUGGAACUGUGCACUUAUUAUGAAAAUAAUAAAUUCAUAAUAUAAAAUACACAUACGUAACAAUUCACAAAUAUUAUUAUAAAAUCUAAUAAUAAUAUUAUCAUCUUAACACUCUUAUGAUUCAAAAUAAUUCAUGUAGUAUUUAUAUUGUAUAGGUAUGUAACUUUUGUACAAACAAUGCAUCAUCUCUUAUAAAGUACAUCCUUCUGUCAUUUACAUUUGUUUUUAUUUCUAAAAAAAAACAUAAUGUAACUUACCUGUCCAAAUAAUCCACCUUCAGGACGGUCUAAUAACUUUGAUAACUGACACCGCACUACCAAAUGACAAUCGUCCAUCACAGUAUUGAAGAAACGCCUAGUUGGUAACAGAGCUUCCAAAUCUAUUACUAGUUCAAGGAAUCUUUCGCAGUACCGUACUUUAUCUGGUAAAAGUGGUCCUGUUAAAAAAUAAGUAAUCAAUUGAAAUAGUUCAAUAAAAUAUUAACUUAAAUUGUACAUAGCUGAAUACAAUAGCUGUUGAAUACAGUAAACAACUACUACUAUUCCACUAUGUAGAGAUGUCAAGUUCUAAAUGCUUUACCUUCUUCCGAAAUUGUUUCCAAAAUUGUCAUAAAUUUGAUCAUUAAUCUAUGUAGAAAUUUCCUCUCCCAUUCCAACUUCUCUUUAAGUUCUGGAUUGUCUUUUUUCCUUAAAAUUUUCCAAUAUUUUCUCCACUUUGGAUAUUUUCUAAAUUCUAAUUCUCUACGACCUUGUUGUAGUGAGAUCCACAUGGACAACGAGACUAAUCUUUUUACUUCUUCUCGAACUAAUAAUACUUCCAUAGAAUUAAAACAAUGAUUCAAAAAUACAAUCAGAGCUGUCUGUUCUUUUAAAUCAAAAUCCAUUAUACUAUCUUCAAGACAGGCUUCUAAAACAUUUUGGAAGAACUCUGGGAAAUGUUCUGGAUUCUUCUCAAACGCUUCCCAAACCUGAACACGUUCACGAAAUUUUUCAUUGACCAUAACAACAAUGGACAUGGUAUGAGCACGAGUUGCAUUGCUUGCAUUAUAAUUUGGCCAUAAAAAGUUCUCUAAAUAUUGACUGAAUUCUAACAUCAUGAUUCUUCGAAUAGAGAACUUCGAUGCACAUAUUUCUUGCACAUAAAUGUCCUCUACUAUUUGAGGAUUGAAAGGGAGAUGCGAAUCUGUUGUAUGAGGUGCCCAAUAUUUAUUUGCAAGCUGCAAGAAAAAUACAAUGUUAAUACUCUUGCAGUAAUAUACAAUAAAAUAACAUAUUUAUUGAAAAGUACCUGAGUUAUUCGAUCAGCAUUAAUCUGCUCAACUGUAGGAGCAGGAUUAUUACUUUUAACAGCUGUACCGUUUUGAUUUUCCAUGUUGACUUAUUAAUCUCUCACUGUUCACAACAUAACCUAAGUUAAUUCAAGUGCCGUGAGUGUUAAGCUUAGAAAUUAAGUACUGUGAUAUGAAUAACACAAUUAACAUAAUGUUUGACUACGCAUUUGCGCAAAAGUAUAUUUACAGUUAUCUAAUGUCACUCAUUUCACUGAAUUUUCUACAUAAAUUUGUAUUAAUCACCUUUAUAGUUUAUAAACUUCUAACGACGCAUGGCUUUAUACACCACUACAUUUUUGUAGUAAAUGUCGAAGGUUACUGAUUGGUCAUAACAAUACUCCAAUCACUUUCAUUGGAUAAGAAGAAAACCAAUUUAUGAACACGUGUAUUAGGUUUGUUUCUUUAUUUUUUUAAUUAGUACCUGUGUGUAUUGUUGUCGAUUGUUGUUUAGUAAUUUAAUUGAUUUGUGGGCCAGUUGGAAAACCUGCUAAAGAACAGCCAGAUAGAAAAGUGACUGGAUUUCAAUGUACACGCAGUGAAAUUAGUGGAAAAAGAUUGUGGGGACUUUUUCAAGAACUGUGUGGAAAUCCAGAAAACUUUUUUGAACAUG